AGUAUCCAUAGAAAAUGACCUUGCCUUUCUGCUCAGAACUAUUCCUUCUCUUUCCACAUGUAACCCUGAGUUUGCAUCUUCUAUCCUCAGUGCCUGCUUCCAUUCAGUCUGUCUGUCUGCAAUACCUACUAUAUGCUGGGCUCUUGGCUAGGCCCAGGGGCUGCAGAAAGGAACCUUGCUCUCAAGGGAUUCAUGGACACAAUCCAGUGAACAGACCAUGACUAAAUAGUGUGCUUGGUGCUGUGUGUUAACCCCAGAGUGCCAGCCUGAGGAGUUGAGGGAGGCAUCUCCUAGGCAAUGACUCCAUUGGAAUCAAAUCUUAAUGACUGGACAAGAGCUCUGUCACCCAAGAAGGAGUGAGGGCCUGCCUUCGAUUGAACAGCUGGUACAAAUCUCAUAGCCUGUGAGCCAGAAUACCCUGGAAUGACUCCACUUUAUCCCCAUCUCCUUUCCCCUUCAGCCGAGAUCCAUUUGCCACCUGACCCCCCACCCCAGCACUGGCUGCACUGCCGUGGCCACAUUAAGACUUGGCCCCAGAUGGAGGACAAGUCAGGAAGCUGCUGCACCAAUAUGGCUGACUGAAGCUGCCCAAGGCCCUGGAAGGAGGAAGUGGAUAAGUGCCUUAUCCAAAAGGAUACAGCAGCCUCAGGCCUUAUCAGGCGGCAGGAGCUUCCUCACCCCCUCCCCAACCCCUGACCAAGUCAAAAUGUGCCACAGCUGAUGUGAGUGAGGGGAGGAGGAGAUGCAGAACUGUGGGCUGGAGUGGAGGUGUACAGACCAGUCGGUUCACGGUUGCACUACCCCAAGUAGAAAGCAAAGGUAGCUUAGACUAGCAUGCUGGUAGUGGAAAAGGGGGGAAGAUUCAAGAGACAAGAGACAUAGUUGAAAGGCAGAGUCACCAGGACUUGGUGAUAAACUACUCUCAAGAAAAGGGAGGAGUUGGCUUUCAGCCAUAAGUAUCCACCCCCAGGGCGACCUCACCCGCUUCCUGGCAAUCCUAGAAACCAUAUGGAUCCAGGACCUAUAUAGCCUUUUACUCUGCCCACUGCUCAGCAAGUGGGUUCCAGUUUGAUAAGAAAAACUUCCUGUGGUGGAACUGAAAGGAGCUAAUCCAUUCCUGCCUAGGACGUUGUGGGAGAAAGAAGAUGGCCAGAGCUUUGUGUCCACUUCGUGCCCUCUGGCUUCUGGAGUGGGUGCAGCUGCUCUUGGGACCAGGUGCUUCCCCUCCAACCUGGGCCUUGAACCUGGACCCAGUGCGGCUCACCGUCUACACAGGCUCCAAUGACAGCGACUUUGGAUUUUCAUUGGACUUCUUCAAGGACAGCCAUGGGAGCGUGUCCAUCGUGGUGGGUGCCCCAAGGGCCGAGGGCCGCAGCCAGGAGAAGACGGGCGGCGUUUUCCUGUGCCCCUGGAAGGCCGAGGGCGGCCAAUGCAACCCGCUGGUCUUCGACCUCAAUGAUGAGACGCGAACCAUUGGCACCCAAACUUUACAGACCUUCAAGGCUGGGCAAGGACUGGGGGCGUCGGUCGUCAGUUGGAGAGACAACAUUGUGGCCUGCGCCCCCUGGCAGCAUUGGAACGUCCUAGAAAACACCGAGGAAGCUGAGAAGACGCCGGUAGGUGGCUGCUUCGUGGCUCAGCUCCAGAACAGCGGUCGCGCGGAGUACUCGCCCUGCCGGGACAACACCAUGAGCCAAGCUUACUCGAAAAGUCAGUUUGGAGACAAGCGCUAUUGCGAAGCCGGCUUCAGCUCCGCAGUCACUCAGGCUGGGGAGCUGGUGCUUGGAGCUCCUGGCGGCUAUUUUUUCUUAGGUCUCCUGGCACGGGCUCCAAUUGCCGAUAUCAUCUCGAAUUACCGCCAGGGCACCCUCUUGUGGCACGUGCCCACCCAGCGGCUCACCUUCGACUACAGCCGCCCAGAGUACUACGAUGGCUACCGGGGGUACUCCGUGGCUGUGGGCGAGUUCGACGGGAAUCUUAACACUACAGAGUAUGUCUUCGGUGCCCCUACCUGGAGAUGGACCCUGGGAGCGGUGGAAAUUUUGGGCUCCUAUUACCAGAGGCUGCACCUACUGCACGGAGAGCAGAUGGCUUCAUAUUUCGGGCACUCAGUGGCCGUCACUGAUGUCAACGGGGACGGGAAGCAUGACCUCUUGGUGGGCGCACCACUGUACAUGGAGAACCGUGCUGACCGCAAGCUGGCCGAGGUGGGGCGCAUUUACUUGUUCCUGCAGUCUCGAGGCUCCCGUGUUCUGGGUGGUCCCAGCCUUCUGCUGACUGGCACACAGCUCUACGGGCGAUUUGGCUCGGCCAUCGCACCUCUGGGCGACCUCAACCAGGAUGGCUACAAUGAUGUUGCAGUGGCUGCCCCCUAUGGUGGUCCCAGCGGUCGGGGCCAAGUGUUGGUGUUCCUGGGUCAGAGUGAAGGGCUUAACUCACACCCCUCCCAGGUCCUGGACAGCCCCUUUCCUACAGUCUCUGGCUUUGGCUUCUCCCUUCGAGGUGCCACAGACAUCGAUGACAAUGGAUACCCAGACCUGCUGGUAGGAGCUUACGGGGCCAACAAGGUUGUUGUGUACAGAGCUCAGCCAGUUGUGAGAGUUGUUGUCCAGCUGCUGGUGCAAGAUUCGCUGAAUCCUGCUGUAAAGAAUUGUGACCUGCCCCAGACCAAGACACGAGUGAGCUGCUUUAACAUCGAUAUAUGUGUGGGAGCCACUGGGCACAACAUUCCCAAGAAGCUGCGCCUAAAUGCCGAGCUGCAGCUGGACCGGCAGAAGCCCCGCCAGGGCCGGCGGGUGCUACUACUGGCCUCUCAACAGGCGAGCGCUAUCCUGCAUCUGGAUCUGGGCGAGAGGAACAGCACCACCUGCCAAAACAUUACAGCCUUCCUCCGAGAUGAGGCUGACUUCCGGGACAAGCUGAGCCCCAUCAUGCUCAGCUUCAAUAUGUCCCUGCAGCCCGAGAAGGAUGGAAUAGUGCCUGUUUCUGUGCUGCAUGGAGACACCCACAUCCAGAAACAGACCCGCAUCAUCCUGGACUGUGGGGAAGAUGACCUGUGUGUGCCACAGCUCCAGCUCACUGCCAACGUGACGGGCUCCCCCCUCCUAAUCGGAGCCGAUAAUGUGCUGGAGCUGCAGAUGGAUGCAGCCAACAAGGGUGAGGGAGCCUACGAGGCUGAGCUGGCCGUGCACCUGCCCCCAGGUGCCCACUACAUGCAGGCCCUCAGCAACAACAAGGACUUUGAGAGGCUCAUCUGUAACCAGAAGAAGGAGAAUGAGACCAAGGUGGUGCUUUGUGAGCUGGGCAACCCCAUGAAGAGGAAUGCCCAGAUAGGAAUCACGAUGUUGGUGAGUGUGGGGAACCUGGAAGAGGCUGGGGAGCAGGUGUCCUUCCGGCUGCAGAUCAAGAGCAAGAACAGCCAGAAUCCAAACAGUGAGACUGUGGUGCUGGAUGUGCCAGUCCGUGCAAAGGCUCAUGUGGAGCUGAGAGGGAACUCCUUUCCAGCCUCCCUGGUGGUGGUAGCAGAAGAAAGCAACAAGGAGAUCAGCUCAGACAGCUGGGGCCCCAAAGUGGAGCACACCUAUGAGCUCCACAACAAUGGUCCUGGCACUGUAAGUGGCCUCCGCCUUCUCCUUGGCCUCCCUGGCCAGUCCCAGCCCUCUGACCUGCUCUACAUCCUUGAUAUACAGCCCCAGGGAGGCCUUCAGUGCUCCCCAGAGCCUUCUCCCAACCCCCUCAAGCUGGACUGGAGGCUGCCCAGCCCCAGCCCUUCCCCUCUUUACCCGGCCCACCAUAAGAGGGAUCGCAGACAGGCAUUCCUGUCAGAGAAGAAGCAGCCCUCCAGGCUUCAGGAUUCAAUUCUGGUGAGCUGCGAUUCGGCGCCCUGUACUGUGGUGCAGUGUGAGCUGCAGGAGAUGACGCGUGGGCAGCGGGCCAUGGUCACGGUGCUGGCCUUCCUGUGGUUACCCAGCCUGCGCCAGAGGCCCCUGGAUCAGUUUGUGCUGCAGUCGCACGCUUGGUUCAACGUCUCCUCUCUUCCCUACGCCGUGCCCGCCCUCAGCCUGCCCAGUGGGGAAGCUCUGGUGCAGACGCAGUUGCUUCAGGUCCUGGAGGAGAGGGACAUUCCAAUCUGGUGGGUGUUGGUAGGCGUGCUGGGCGGCCUGCUGCUGCUCACACUCCUGGUCCUGGCCAUGUGGAAGCUUGGCUUCUUCAAACGGAAUCGGCCACCUUUAGAAGAAGAAGAUGAGGAGGAGUGAUGGUGCAGCCCACGCAUGCUCUGUCCUAAGCAGGAAGGCUGGGUGGUGCCUGCUUUGCCCCUUCUCCAACGACUGCCUAGCUCUGGUCUCCCACGAGUUGGAGCUGUUCAACGAGGCCUCCCGGUGUCCUCCCCCUCCCAUCAGAGCUGGGUCACCUCUUUUCCUGCUGCCUAAUAAAGAGCCUGAGCCCC